AGAGAGAGAGAGAGAGAGAGAGAGAGAAAGAUAGAGGGAGGGGGGAAACACUGAAGGGCCAAGAGAAGGUGAUGUCAGCUGAGUUCAGAAAGUAAACAGAGUUCCAGACUGCGGCAUGCUGUCUGUGGGACGGGGACUGCAGCUGGGGCAAACCCACGGGGGCACCCGCACAACCCCCUGGACCUCCACCUCUGUUCCAUGGAAGGGGGGCCUGCUCCUCCUCAUCUCUCUCUCCAUCGCCUUGCCUCAAGGGACGGCCUGGCCCUAUGAUUACAGGUAUUUGUACAACCACUGCCCGGGCCCGGAGUGGAACGUUAUGUGUAGAGGCUGCUGCGAGUAUGAUGUGAUUCGCUGUAAAUGCCCCCUACAGGGGACGCCGGUGGGCUACGCAGUGCCCUGCUGUCGCAACGCCAUCAAUGAGUGCGACCCCUGCAUCAUACAUCCAGGUUGCAGUAUAUUUGAGAACUGUAAGCGAUGUAACAAUGGGACUUGGAGUCCCAGGGACGAUUUCUUCAUUAAGGGAAAGUUCUGCGCUGAGUGUCGGCCUGGCUGGUCCGGUGGCGAUUGCAUGAAGUGCGGGGGAGUGAUCCGUAAACGGCAGGGCCACUUGGUGCUGGAGAGCUACCCCAACAAUGGCCGGUGUGAGUGGACCAUCCAGGUGGACCGUCCCUUCACUAUAGAGCUCAGGUUCAUGAUGAUGAGUCUGGAGUUUCACCCAUCUUGUCGUUACGACUUCGUGGAGGUCCGAGAUGGCAACAGCAUUGACUCGCGUGUUAUUGCGCGCUUUUGUGGGAACAGCAGACCGGCGCCGGUUCACAGCUCUGGUCCCAGUCUUCACAUACUCUUUGUGUCUGAUGGUUAUAAAAAUUUUGACGGAUUCUUUGCUACUUUCCAGGAGAGUUCAGCUUGCAGCUCUUCUCCUUGCCUACACGAUGGGACUUGUGUCCUGGAAAGCUCUUACACUUACCGCUGUGCCUGUCUGGCUGGCUACACAGGCAAGAGGUGUGAAAACGUGGUGGGAUGCCGCAGGCCUCCGGUGCCCACCCGCGGAUCAACAGAGGGUCUGUUUCUCCACUCGGGGGCCCGCGUCACUUUCCGUUGUGACCCCGGCCUCGAGCUGCGCGGCUUCCACUCGGCCAUCUGCCUGAGUGACGGCACCUGGAGUGCGCCGGCUCCAGAGUGCGUGCCAGUGGAAAUAGACUGUACUCUACCACCCAAGCCAACACAUGGGGACCACUUCUUGGUUUAUGGACCCAAUGAUGUCCUGAUUGCUCUGCAGUACCUGUGCUACCAGCCCUAUGAACUGACUGGGAGCUCCCAGAGAGCAUGCCUCCCCAACAACACCUGGAGCGGCACUCCUCCGCUUUGCACCCAAGUAAAUGAUACGCUCACUGAAGAGGACAAGGACAGAGACAGGGAAAAAAACACAGGAAGGCGCAACGGAACAGAUGGUGAAAAACAUUUCAGCAAAACGAAAGAGAAAGGUCACAAAAACAUAACGGGAGAAAACGACAGUGUUGGAGGGGGAGAAAUAAGCACUGAGCACGACAAUAAAACUGCAGUCGACAGCAGGGAUAAAGUGGACAUUGAAGGGACAAACAACAGCCUGAAUACUGUCAAAAUGAAAGAACCUAGCACUGGAAAGCCACCUGAGAAAAACAAGGGAAGCCCAGACACAAAUUUCGAGACAGAAAAGACAGACAUCACAGAAAUAGUUGUGAUAAAAGACAAAGGACAGGAAGAGAAGGAAAGGAAAGAGGAGCAGGUGAAUGGAAAAAGAGGUUCAAACAAGGUCGGUCCGAACGACACCAAGGUGGGAACGAACAUCAUAGCUGAAGGGGACGACGCAGCCAAGGGGGUUGAAUUGGAAAUGACAAAGAACCACACUGUCAUACGUGACACGAAGGACACACAGAACGAAAAUAAUACCAAAGGUUCAGCAGAGCCGGGGAAGAAAAUCCUUCCCACUGGAGUUAACAUCACACAGUACAGAGCGGGAAGCGAGGAAAAUGGCAAAGCAAAGGACAAAAAGGAUCCUGCUGAGAAAAGCAGGCACGAGGUGGAGGGGGACAGCGGGGACAAAGAAAAGGAAAACGAAGUCAAUGAAAGCUUCACCGGGAAAAGCUGCCCACUUCUCUCCCGCCUCUACCAUGGCUUCCAUCAACCGGUGCCUGGACUGGAGCCCGAAACCGUGGAGUUCUUCUGUAACCACUCGUAUGCUAUCAGUGGUGAGGCCCGACGUACCUGCCAGCCGAACGGUACCUGGAGUGGAGAACAACCCCUCUGUGUAAGAGCAUGCCGGGAGCCCAAAGUGUCAGAACUGGUAAGACAAAGAGUUCUGCCACCUCAGGUCCCAUCCAGGAAGACACCGGUGCACCGGCUCUACUCUUCUGGGAUUGGCCGACCGCUCAAGUCAGACAGCCCCACGAGAGGCCCUCCAGUGCUUUCCCGGCUGCCCCAGGGCUUCCACCACCUUUACUCGCACAUAGAGUACGAGUGCGCCUCUCCUUUCUACCACCACGCGGGCAGUUCCCGCCGCACUUGCUUGAAGACGGGGAAAUGGAGCGGGCGUCAUGUGUCCUGUUCGCCAGUGUGUGGGAAGCAUCCGACCUUCGACCCAGAGAGGCCGGCAGAGGCUCACUGGCCUUGGCUGGCCGCCAUCUACCGCCGCUUCACCAACGGAGCCGGGACCAAGGUGACCAAGGCAGACGGCCAGGCAGGGUCCCCGAAGGUGGACUUUGAAGCAGGAACUGGCAGCUACGAUGGGGCUGCUGAAUGGCAGCUAGUGUGCAGCGGGGCUCUGGUGAACCAAAAGAGGGUGCUGGUCGCAGCCCAUUGUGUCACAGAGCUGGGAAAGGUGUAUCCUCUGGAUGCAGCCGAGCUUAAGGUGGUGGUAGGGAAGCACUACCGGGAUGACCGCCUGAAAGACAAAGGUCCUCAACACUUGAGGGUGGCCUCCGCCGUUGUUCACCCAAACUACGAUCCCCACGUCCUCGACUCUGACAUAGCUGUGGUCAAGCUGCUAGACAAAGCAAAGGUCGGCGAGAAGGUCCUGCCCCUCUGCCUCUCAGACAGCCAGGGAGAGGAAGUGACCUCUGAGCAAGGGCUUGUGACAGGCUGGUCCCCACUGCCUGAUCCCAGUCUCGGCGCCGACGAGAAGGCGAGGGUCGGGCUCGUUCACCUUGCCGACGUGGUUCCCUGCGAGCGGCAGUACGCCCGUAACGGCAUGCCAGUCAGCGUCACAGACAACAUGCUCUGUGCCAGCCACAAGCCGGACUACGGACCCUCUAACAUAUGUCCCUCUGACACGGGGGGGAUCCUCGUCCUCCCCGCCCUCCCUGAGAACCGAGCCAGCAACAAGCAGAAGCCCUCUGUCGGCUCUAGGCAGGGGCAGGGGCAGAGCGGAGGGCUGUGGAGGCUCAUGGGAAUGGUGAGCUUUGGCUAUGACCAAGGGGAGUGUGAUCCCGACCUCUACACAGUAUACACGCGUGUGGCCAACUUCAAAGACUGGAUAGAGAGCAACAUGAAAUAAAGAUGGCUCUAUCUGCUUCUUACAUAUUUAAAAGACUUCAUAUCCUACAGCGCUCGCUUUUUUUCUUCCUCGUUUGCCUGUUUUUCUCAGUUUUUUCGUCCUCCCCAACCUUCUUGCACUAAAGCGUUUCCCCAUUCGACGCAGAAGCGCUGCAACACUGGAGAAUACAGUGCUCUAACUGAAGGGGGUGCUGACGCAUCAGAUGUGCUGAGCAUGAAUAUCUCACCACAAAACUUCAGUGUUCGGGUCCCUCGGCCUUUUUCCGACUUGAACGUGACCGCCUGAAUUUGUGCACUCAUGUACUCGAUGGUAUGUAUAUAUGUUCUAAUGUACUGAGUUAUCAAUUCAUAUGACUGAAGAGAUGUACAUAUUGUAUCUAAAGACAGAAAAAUCAUGAGGUUUUUGGAUUAAAUAUAAUGUAGGUAAAGCUG